AUGGCAACUCAAACCAACAAAUAACGUUUCUCGGGUGGAUUUGCAAAGGCCUUGGAAGAGCAAUGACAAGUUGACGUACGGCUCAAGGCAAAGGACAGUGACGAGGGUUCAGCUUUAUCCGCCCACAAACUAGUCCUGGGAUCAAGAUCAGAGGUUUUCAAGAAGAUUUUGGAAUCAGAUGAGGUUAAGACUUCGGCUAACCCGGUGGAGACGGUCACACUCUCAGAGAUGACACAAGAAGGGUUAGAAGCUUUAGUUGAGUUUAUGUAUAGUGAUGGCUCUAUGCUUUCGGAGAAAGUGAAGCAACACGUUAGAUCACUCUAUCUUGUGGCUGACAAAUAUGAGAUUUUGCAUCUACGGGACCUAUGCAGAGACGAGCUUAUAUCUUCUCUGAAUUCGUCGAAUGCUCUUGAGUUCCUUGAGCUCGCCCAAAUCCCUUUUGACAAAGUCCUCAACGAUGCAGCCUUCAACUAUAUUAUAAGGAAAAUAAGUAUGAUUGCUAGCUCUGAUGAAUUCAAGUUGUUCGUCACCAAUAACCCAAAUCUCUCUGUGGAAAUAAUGAAGGCUUCUCUCUGUCCGACAAGUAUCGACGAGUACUGACAUCACCGAUGUCAUUAG